AUGUUGCUCAGCCCGGCCAUCGCCCUAUUUGCCGCCCUAUACGCAACCUUCCUAGUCCUGCGUUACCUCGUCCAGUUACACCACCACCGGAAACUCUCCAAACAGUUACACUGCCAACCCCCAGCCGCGGGAAACUCAGGCUGGCUCGGCAUCCCGGGCUUUUUACGGCUGAGCAAGGCUGUCCGCGAGAAGAGAUGGAUUGAUUACAUGUGUGACCAAUUCGAUAUCCACGGCCCGACGUUUACGCAGCGGUUUUUGUCGCGCAAGUUACUUACGACUAUUGAGCCCGAGAAUGUGAAGGCUAUCCUGGCGACGCAAUUUCAGGAUUUUUGUCUGGGGACUAGACAUGAGCAGUUUUAUCCGUUGUUGGGAGAUGGUAUUUUUACGCUUGAUGGGGCGGGGUGGACGCAUGCGAGAGGUUUGUUGAGGCCGCAGUUUACGAGGGAUCAGGUCGCCGACCUCUCCAUGCUGGACGACCACAUCACCCACCUAAUCAACCUAAUCCCGAAAGACCGCACCAGCUUCGACAUCCAACGCCUCUUCUUCCUCCUCACCCUCGACUCCGCCACCCACUUCCUCUUCGGCGAAUCCGUUGGCUGCAUGUCCCCGACAACAACAGGGGUUCUCGAAAAAUCCGCCGUCCGCAACGCCCAAGGUUUCGCCGACGCCUUCACCACUGCACAGGAUUACCUCGCCGCGCGAUCCCGCGCACAGGGGCUAUACUGGGUGAUUAAUCCCAAGGAAUUCCGUGAAGCGAAUCGCCGUGUGCACGAGGUCGUCGAUCAUUACGUUAAUGUUGCGCUGGAGGCGAAGCGUAACCCGGAGAAGAAGCACGGUGGGGAUGGGAGGUAUAUUUUCCUGGAGGCGUUGGCGGCAGAAACGGAUGAUCCGAAGAUGUUGAGGGAUAAUAUGUUGAAUAUUUUGCUUGCGGGCCGGGAUACAACGGCGAGUUUGUUGUCGUCGACUUUCUUUUAUUUGGCGAGGUAUCCGGCUGUUUUUAAAAGGUUGAGGAAGGAGAUUGUGGAUGCGUUUGGGGAUAAGAAUGCCGGUGUGGAGAUUACCCAGACCAAGCUCAAGGAUAUUCCUUAUUUGCGAUAUGUUCUGAAUGAAGUCCUCCGUCUCCAACCACCAGUCCCAGCCAACUUCCGCGUCGCAACAAAAGACACCUCUCUCCCUGUCGGAGGAGGUCCCGACCGCCGCUCCCCCGUCUACGUGCGUAAAGGCACAAUGGUCGCCUACAACGUCUUCGCCAUGCACCGUCGCACCGAUCUCUGGGGCAAAGACGCCCGCACUUUCCGACCAGAGCGUUGGGAAGAGAACGCAAAGCAUGGAUGGGAGUAUCUUCCUUUCAAUGGUGGUCCGCGCAUUUGUCUUGGUCAGCAAUACGCCCUUACCGAGGCAAGUUAUACCGUCGUCCGGCUGAUGCAGCAUUUUGAUUGUCUUGAGAAUGCGGAUCCGGAUACCCGGUUGGAACCGAUUAAAAAUUCGAAUUUGACGAUGAUGCAUGACCAUGGUGUUCCUGUUAAGCUGUAUGCUUCGGAGUAA